AUGCCAAAGUGGACUGAUCCUUUGAACCACUUGGCUUAUGCUGAUGAUACAAUCAUAUUUGCCUCUGCUAAUCCUUAUUCACUAAGGAAAGUGAUUGAGGUUCUAACACUAUAUGAGCAGACCUCUGGUCAGCUGAUUAACAAGGCCAAGAGUUCAAACUACAUGCAUGCUAAUGUGGCAGGAUCUCUCUUCUCCUCAGUAGGUGCAAUCACUGGAUUUCAUAAGGGUGGGUUUCCAUUUACUUACCUAGGCUGCCCUAUUUUCUACACAAGAAGGAGGAAGGAUUACUAUAAUGAUGUCAUUAAGAAGGUGAAAGCAAAACUUCAUUCCUGGAAAGGAAAGCUACUAUCUUAUGGUGGCAAGGCAACACUUAUCACUAGUGUACUUCAAAACAUGUCUACACAUAUACUAUCAGUACUGGAUCCUCCUGACAAUGUGCUGAAACAUUUGCACAAGACCUUUGCUAGGUUUUUCUGGAGUAAGAAAGAGGAAGGAAAGAGCAGUCACUGGACAAAAUGGCUGAACUUAUGCUUACUAAAAGAUGAAGGUGGUCUAGGGUUCAGAUCUUUAUUUGAUGUAUCCAAGGCUUUAUUUGCUAAGCUAUGGUGGAAGUUCAGAACAACAAAGUUCUUAAGGUUAAACUUUAUGUGGAACAAGUAUUGUAAGAAGGAACUACCUACAGUAGUUCAAUUUAGAGAGGGGUCACAUAUGUGGAGAAAGAUGUUGAAAGCAAGGGAAGAAGUGGAACAUGAAAUACUAUGGGAGAUGAAUAGGGAACUACAUGAAGUGGCUGAGUUGAGGGAAGAAGACAAUUUGAAUGAUCAGAUAUUUGAGCAAUCUUUUCCAGGUGAUAUUGUAGAUCAUAUAAGGCAAGAGGUACACUUUGACGACAGUGAUGAAUACGGGGACACUCCCAAGUGGAUGCCUACAACCUCAAGCAUAUUUAAAGUGAGUAGUGCAUGGCAAAUUCUAAGGUAUAGGGCUCCCAUAAAUGCAGAAUACAAGCUAAUGUGGACCAAAGGUACAUCAGGUGAUAAGAGCAUGCUGGAAUACUCAAUGCUACCCCAAGCUAAAGCCAUUGAUGCAGGCAGUACCAGUUGUGAUCACACAGGAGCUUUGGAAGAGGAGAAAUACAAUGAAGAAUGGAGGUCUAGUGUCUUGCAAUAA